AUGCCAUCAUCUGAGAACAAUGGAACCUCCCAGGAUGCUACGGAUGUACAUUUGAACACACCCACCAAACAAAAGCGCACCAAUGCUAAUAUAGAGGGCAGAUAUUUCUCUUCACCAACCAGUGCUCGUCGAGGAAUCCUUCGUUCUGGUACAAAGAGCCAAGGUGAUGUGCUGAUACUGCCUCGAAACGGCUCCAGCGGCCGCUCCGAGUCCAGGUCCCCGAGAAAGAGGAGCUCUAAACUUGAAUUGGAACAGAUAUAUGAUGAACAAGACGACCUUGAAGAAGCAGAACGAAUAAUUAACGAGUCUCGAAACGAAGAAUUACACGAAGAGAAUAAUGAAGAGGCCGCAAAACACCCCAAAGAAUACAAAGACUUUCAUUUCGAGGAAGAUCUCGCGGAUGUUGAAGAAAAAGAGUACGGUCUGAACGAGGACAAUGAUAAAAACGAUGAACACAAAAAUGACGAAAAUGACGAAAAUGAGACGGAGGAAAUCCCUCAAAGCGGGCCAGGGAUACGCCGAAGACCCCGUAGAGCAGCGAAAAAAGCGCUUGAAGCGGCACGAAAUGCAUAUUCAGAUGACUAUAUGGACUCGAGUGAAGAAGCAGAAUUCAACAGCAGUGAAGCCAGUGACGACAGCAACAUGUCAGACGUAAAUGAGGGUAGCGAUGACUCUACUGUGGAAACGGCAAGUGACGACGAGGCUGUGUACCAAGAACCGAUAAAACAUAAAAGAGGACGACCACCCAAACGAAGACGAGAGAGUGCAGAAGAAACCGAGGUAGAUGUGAUGGAGACCGAGCUUACGCCUAAAAGACGAGUUGGACGUCCGUCCAAAAAUAUCAUUACGGCCAAAAUUAAGAGCAUAUUUGAGCAGGAUGAUGAGAUGCUAGGUGUUGAAAAGUCGCCUUUGAAGCCUAUUGCUACAACAAUUGCAUCACCACAGAACCGUAAAAGGGACACAGAUAUAUGGGCAGAAUUUGACAAAAUAAAGACCGAAGAGGACAAAACUCCGUUUGUGAUUAGUGGCAUUGAGAGCACAGAGUCUGAGACGAAAAAAGACCCUAAAAAAUUUGUUCCAUUUCCCGAACCCAAAGUCAACGCCAAAGGGAAGAUAGACCCAGAUUAUCUUCGCAAGCAUCUACCUAAUAUCGAUUUCGAAGCCAGAGGAGCAGAUUUAAUGGACGAUCGGUCUUUCUUCAUGGAAGGCACCGAAGGCUAUUUUGAACAGCAUAGCAUGCGCCCAAAGUUGGGGCGAAGUUCAUUGGCUCUGCUUGCUCCAAAUGUGGAAUACAGUGACUUCAUAUUGUAUAACAAACUUCCCCAGCUCAUCAAGCAGAGUGCUAUACAACAAUUGGAAGACAUGCACAGGGCCCUAUAUCACCAGUGGUGUUUUGAGCUCUCGGAAGGAUACAGCAUAAACUUUUUCGGAUUUGGUUCUAAACGGCAGAUGAUCAUUGAUUUCGUCCAAAACUAUCUUCUUGAGUGGAUUGCAGGUCAUUUCGACACAGAAGAGACGAAGGAAAUCGAAGCUUUCAUCGUCAACGGCUACAAUCCAAAUACUCAACUCAAGCAACUUGUGUACGAGAUUCAGUCAAUACUCGUCCCGAAAGAAGUACAAAAGAAGCUCAAGUUUUCGAAACAUAUUUUUGAAACGAUUCCAUUGAUGCUUAAGUACCUUGGUUCAGUCAGACCAGAAAAGGUUAUUCCCCGAGCAGUUGUUGCAAUUCACAACGUCGAUGGCCCAGCUUUUCUGGAUGAAAAAACCCAGAGUUUACUCUCGCAACUAGCAUCUCUCCCAGAAAUCUGGCUCAUUACCUCGACUGACAAUAUCAAUGCAUCGCUCUUGUGGGAUCUGUUCAAGCUCAAGAAUUUCAACUUCGUUUGGCAUGACCUAACCACGUAUCAGCCAUAUACCGUGGAACUUUCAUUUAAAGACUUACUUAACACGGGCAAAUCGACCAAGUUUGUUGGUACUCGAGGUGCUAAAUAUGUCUUGAGCUCAUUGACUGUAAAUGCGCGGAACUUAUACCGAACUCUCUUAGAGUUGCAAAUUGAAAAUCUCACCAAAAAUGCAGCCAGCGAAGCUGCCAAGGCAAAUCUCAAGGGAAAUCUCAAGUUGGCAGUUGGUUUCAAACAGCUAUAUGACGCUUGUAGCGAGCAAUUUAUCACCUCCAAUGAGAUCAGUUUCCGCACCAUGUUGGGUGAAUUCGUCGAGCACAAAAUGUGCAAUUUGAAAAAAAAUUCAUCUGGAGGAGAGGUGGUGUUUGUUCCGUUCAGCUACGACGAGAUGAGAAAGCUACUUUCCGAAGAAUUUUCGGUGUCCAUAGAUUAG